AUGGAAACCAUCUCAGUUUCCAAGUUUCUUCUUUUACUUUUCUUCUCUCUCUUCUUUCUUGGUUCUCACUUUGUUCAUUCUAGUGUUACAUAUGAUAGAAAAGCUAUCAUCAUUAAUGGACAAAGAAGAAUCCUUAUUUCUGGUUCCAUUCACUACCCAAGAAGCACCCCUCAAAUGUGGGAGGAUCUGAUUCAGAAGGCAAAAGAUGGAGGGUUGAAUGUUAUUGAUACUUAUGUGUUUUGGAAUGUUCAUGAACCUUCUCCUAGUAAUUACAAUUUUGAAGGAAGGUACGAUCUGGUACAGUUCAUUAAGACUGUUCAGAAAGUGGGUCUCUAUGUACAUCUUAGGAUUGGUCCUUAUGUAUGUGCUGAAUGGAACUUUGGAGGUUUUCCUGUUUGGUUGAAGUAUGUUCCUGGGAUCAGUUUCAGAACAGAUAAUGGUCCUUUUAAGGCUGCAAUGCAAGGUUUUACUCAGAAGAUUGUUGAGAUGAUGAAGAAUGAGAAGUUGUUUCAAUCUCAAGGCGGACCAAUUAUUCUUUCGCAGAUUGAGAAUGAGUAUGGACCACAAGGAAGAGAACUUGGAGCUUCUGGUCAUGCAUACUCAAAUUGGGCUGCAAAGAUGGCUGUUGGAUUAGCUACAGGUGUCCCUUGGGUGAUGUGUAAGGAAGACGAUGCUCCAGAUCCGGUGAUAAAUACUUGCAAUGGUUUUUACUGUGAUUAUUUCUCUCCCAAUAAACCAUACAAGCCUAAGCUCUGGACUGAGUCUUGGACUGGCUGGUUUUCGGAAUUCGGUGGACCUGUUCCUCAGCGACCGGUUGAGGAUCUAGCGUUUGCAGUUGCUCGAUUCUUACAAUCGGGUGGUUCAUUUUUUAAUUAUUACAUGUAUCACGGAGGAACUAAUUUCGGGCGAUCAGCUGGAGGACCAUUCAUUACUACGAGUUAUGACUAUGAUGCUCCAAUUGACGAAUACGGUUUGUUAAGGGAACCUAAAUAUGGUCAUUUGAAGGAUCUUCAUCAAGCUAUCAAGCAAUGUGAACAUGCUUUGGUUUCUUCGGAUCCUACUGUUACAUCGUUAGGAACAUACGAACAGGCACAUGUAUUCUCUUCAGGAACGACGUGUGCAGCUUUUCUAGCAAACUAUCAUGCGAAUUCGGCUGCGAGAGUGACAUUCAAUAAUCGGCACUAUGAUUUGCCUCCUUGGUCUAUAAGCAUCCUCCCUGAUUGUAGAACAGAUGUAUUUAACACUGCAAGAGUGAGGUUUCGACCUUCACAAAUACAAAUGCUCCCUAGCAAUUCUAAGUUGUUAUCAUGGGAGACCUAUGACGAAGAUGUAUCGUCGCUAGCGGAAAGUGCCAGAAUCACAGCUUCUGGACUUCUAGAUCAGAUAAGUGCUACCAGAGACAGUAGUGACUAUCUUUGGUACAUAACCAGUGUUGACAUAAGUUCAUCGGAAUCAUUUCUUCGCGGAAGGAACAAGCCGAGCAUUAGCGUGCAUUCCUCUGGCGAUGCUGUUCAUGUGUUUAUCAACGGAAAAUUUUCAGGCUCGGCUUUCGGGACAAGAGAACAGAGAAGUUGCACGUUUGACGGCCCUAUCGACCUACGAGCUGGAACUAAUAAAAUAGCACUUCUCAGUGUAGCUGUUGGAUUACCUAAUGGUGGAAUCCACUUUGAAUCAUGGAAGACAGGAAUCACCGGUCCAGUUUUGCUCAAAGGUCUCGACCACGGACAGAAAGAUUUGACAUGGCAGAAAUGGUCAUACCAGGUCGGCCUGAAAGGCGAAGCAAUGAAUUUGGUGUCUCCGAAUGGUGUAUCAUCUGUUGAUUGGGUGAGUGAGUCAUUAGCUUCUCAAAAUCAGCCGCAGUUGAAAUGGCACAAGGCCUAUUUCAAUGCACCUAAUGGAAAUGAACCAUUGGCAUUGGACAUGAGUAGUAUGGGAAAGGGUCAAGUAUGGAUCAAUGGACAAAGCAUAGGAAGAUAUUGGAUGGUUUAUGCAAAAGGUAACUGCAAUUCUUGCAACUAUGCCGGAACGUAUCGUCAGGCAAAAUGUCAACUUGGUUGCGGACAACCUACUCAACGAUGGUACCAUGUUCCGAGGUCAUGGUUAAAGCCGACAAAGAACUUGAUGGUAGUUUUCGAGGAAUUAGGUGGAAAUCCUUGGAAAAUAUCUCUGGUAAAGAGGAUAAUACAUACUCCAAGAACUAGUGAAUCAAGUUUAAUGAUUAAUACAACACGAGUAUGA